AUGCUAUUAUUGUUAAUAUGCACACGCGAUCGCUAUUUUCCUUGCAUCGCCCAGGUUACAUGCUCAGGCCGGCCAGUUGGUGACUUCGGUGCCUGGGAGAAAGAAUUGUUAAGGCCUGGUGACUCGAGACACCGGUAUGGUGGCGACAGUUGGUCCUUGGUUGAGCUGGCCUCUCGUGAAGUCGUCGCGAGUGUCGAGACAGAGACUGCUCGUCUCCGACGUCAGUUCUCUAGACAACGCAGAUUCAAUCUUACAAAGAAUCAGCCGAUUUCACUGCCUCACCUUCAAGGCGAAAUCUCUAGCUCUAAGGUUGAAGCUAGCACUCCAGAUUGUAUAGCCAAUGAACUAGGUAUAUGGCGUAUCAACUCUGCUGUGGCGAAAGAUGCCUACUAUCGAGAAAGGGCGGCCCGAUACGCUAGAUGGAUUGAGAGUCGAUUCGCAAAACAGGUUGAAUAUCAAUUGACUGAGCUGGCUCGAGCUGGUGCAGUGCAAAAGGCAGCUUCUGCUUCUUCACGUAAGUAG